AUGAAUCAAUUGGUUGCAUACGAAAGUGAUGACGAAUCACCCGAGAGAAGGAGAUCACGUGAGGAAUUCGUAAGGGAAGCUGUUGAUUUAGGUGGUGAUGUAUCAGCGGACACAAGGAAGAAACAUUAUUCGAACAAAGGCCGAAAGAAUUCCGAGCGUUGGACAGCAUCCGACGACGAAGGGGAUGCUCGUGAAGGAUCUUCUCGUGAGACUUCUUCACACUCAUCGGAUUCAUCAAGUGUUGGUGAGCAACCGCCUCCACCGAAACGCUUCAGCCCGUUUCCCUCGGAACGAUCGGUUCAAAGCGAUGGCGGUGCAUUAUCGCAUUCGGCAUCAGUCAAAAAUGUUCGCGCGCUCAGUCGAAUGCCAGUCACGCAAAGUCAGACGUCGUUGGUUUCAUAUGGUGGCGCAGGUGAAGAAGAAGAUGCCGAUGAUCAGUUUGCUAAAGGUUGA